GGGUGAGAUUUGAGAAAUAGGAGGGGCUUCUAAACGACUAGAAAUGUCAAUCUGAGCAAGGGAGUCCCAAUAAUCUGAAGCAAUCUGUAAGGACCUGACCUUAGUCCAUCCAGAUCAAUAGGGAAGUGAGGGUGGAAAGAAGACGAAGAGGAAGAAAUCAGUGGGGCGCAAAGCGGAUCGUUUCCCACUUGGAACUAUAGACUCGCCUGUCCGCGCGCUGGCUGCCACCUUUUGUCGCGCGCACAUGCUCAGACUGUAGAAAAGAAGAAGAAGAAGAAAAAGUGGAUAUCCAGGCAGUUCCAUUGCUUUGUGUGACUUGCAGCAGACUUCUCCUCGUCCCCCUCCCUUCCCUCUCCGCUCUCCGACAUGUCUUUCCCUCAGCUGGGAUACCAGUACAUCCGGCAGAUCUACCCGCCGGAGCGUCAGGGGAUCUCCAGCGGCGGCCGAGCCGGCGCGGAGCUCAGUCCGUCCGGCGCGCUUUCCAACGUCCUCACCAGCAUGUACGGAUCUCCGUUCGCCGCCGCGGCGCAGGGCUACGGAGCGUUCCUCCCUUACUCCAACGAGAUUUCCAUCUUCAAUCAGUUGGGUGCUCAGUACGAUCUGAAGGAUGGUCCCGCUGUCCAGCACCCGGGCUUCGCCCCCCCUCACCCCGCAUUUUACCCAUAUGGCCAGUAUCAGUUCGGUGACCCGUCCAGACCCAAAAACGCCACCAGGGAGAGCACCAGCACCCUGAAGGCCUGGCUCAGCGAGCACCGCAAGAACCCCUACCCCACCAAGGGCGAGAAGAUCAUGCUGGCCAUCAUCACCAAGAUGACCCUCACCCAGGUGUCCACCUGGUUCGCCAACGCCAGGAGGAGGCUAAAGAAGGAGAACAAGAUGACGUGGACCCCUCGGAACCGCACCGACGAAGAGGGGAACGUGUACGGCAGCGACCACGAGGGGGAGGAGGGGGACAAGCGCGAGGACGAGGAGGAGAUCGACCUGGAGAACAUCGACACGGAGAAUAUCGAGAGCAAGGACGACCUGGACGACCAGGACGACCUGCAUUCAGACCUGAAACUGGACGGGAGGAGUGACUCGGAGGUGUCUGACGGCUAUGAGGAUUUACAAGGGCCGGAGCAGAGGUUUCUGAAGGCUGUGGGGAAGGAGGGCAAAGAGGCGCAGAGAGGAGGGGGGCACCACUUCCACCAUCACCACCACCACCACCUCCACCAUCCAGCUAUGGACAUCAAAGCGGCCCAGGCGCACGAGGAGCAGCUGAAACUGAACCCGGCCUCCGCCGGCUCCCCGCCCUCAGAAAACAACCCUGCCCCGGCCCAGAAGCCAAAGAUCUGGUCCCUGGCAGAGACCGCCACGGCCCCGGACAAUCCGCGCAAAUCUCCCCAGAGCGGCAGCCCCGCGGCGGCGGCCGCCCAGAGCAUCAUGGGGCCGCACAGACUCAUCUCUUCUUGUCCCGUUGGGAAAAUCCAAAACUGGACGAACCGAGCCUUUUCCGCGCACCAGCUGGCUUUACUGA